AUGGCCCCCACCCUGACACUCUUCCGGAAGGCACUGAAGGCCUGGUUCGGCCAUCGGGCCUGGGGAGCCCAGAGUGGGAUGGAGCCCAUCAAAUGGCUAGAGCAGCGACUGGUUGAGGAUUCCACCCGGGAGGUGAAGAAAGUGCGGAAGGCGCGCAACCGGCGGCUGGAGUGGAACAUGAUGGCUUACGAUAAAGAAUUCCGGCCAGAUAACAGGUUCUCACCAUCCCCAUAUCACAUGGCUUCAUCGGAAGGAUCACUGUCCCCAGAUAAUAGAUCUUACGCCUCCGAUGUAGCUGAUCAUUCCUACCCAGCCAGUCCUAACCAUCCUGGCCAACAGAUGAUGGUUCCAGCCACACAUCUGGCCCCCGAGAACAAAGAGGUGGUGCUGGUGGCCACCCAGGUCCAGGAUCAGAUCUUCAGGCCCUCAGCAGUGGGAAGCCGGCAGAACAGCCUCAACCGGGUACAGCAGCCCCAUGUGCCACAGCCACCCGAGACCAUGUUAAAUGGACCACGACCUCAGAUAAUCAAGGACUAUGGUCCUCAACCAGUGCCAAUGGCGGACUACUUUGUGCCACCUGCUCCUCCGCCACCACCCCCAGUCAUCCCUUCCGCUCAAACUGCCUUCGACAGCCCCAUCUCCGCCCCUUCGGCCAUGGCACCAAACGCUGCCCCUUCCGUUAGCCAUGCCACCUACGCGCCUACCCCUCCCCCUGCCAUGCCCUGCCCCUACUCUGCCUCUCCCCCCCAGGCUGGCCCCAUGGGACCUCCUGUUGCCCCUCCCCCUCCGCCCCCUGGACCCCCCACCAUCUCGGCCUCCCCUGCACACACAGCCUCCCCGCCUGCCCUGACGAUGGAUUCCCGGAAGCAGCAGCCGGUGCCCCUGAUUCCCAUGACCGAUGCCAGGAGUGACCUGCUUGCUGCCAUCCGCCGGGGAAUCCAGCUGCGCAAAGUCCAGGAGCAAUGGGAACAGGAAGCCAAGAAGGAGCCGGUGGGGAACGACGUGGCCACGAUCCUCUCCCGAAGGAUUGCGGUGGAAUACAGCGAAUCUGACGACGAUUCGGAGUUGGAUGAGAACGAGUGGUCCGAUUAA